UGUAUAUAAGGAAAAAUGAACUAAAUACGUAAAUCAUAUAGAUUUGUGGAAUGAAUGAUGUAAACUAUUAUAUUAAUAAUAUAUUAGUUAGACCAACAGCAAGCGAGUGACAAUGACGAAUAGGUGUAUUCCCUUUUAAUGCAUUAAAAAUAUAUUUUGAAGUGAAAAAGUGUUAAAUAUGAAGAUAUUAAUAUAUUGUGCUAUUGUGAACUUAAUUGUCCUCUUCGUACUUGACGUGUGUGGCGCCACGUGUGAGGAAUACACCAUUAUAUUCGAAGAGAACACAUGCCCACGUUACAGAAUUAAACCUUUGACACACGACGAAAUAUUAAAUUGGAUUGGAAAAAAUGAUGACUGCAAUACUUCAGAAAUAUAUAACGAAAUAUAUAACGAAAAUAAAGAAUGCCUUCUAGAAUUCCAAUGUUUGAAUAAUUAUAUUUCGUGUUUAGAGCAUGUUAUACCAAAAAAUAUCCAAAGCCAUGCCGUAAUACCGGAUAAUCAUGGGACCCGUAAAGUCAUUCGAGGAAAUUUAAACAAUAAUACAUCGUAUGUAAAUAAUAAUAGUACAUUACCAAAUACUACACUCAAUGAAGAAGAUGAAACAUCAAUGUUUAAUGUACACUUAAUUUAUAAUAAUGUUAAUGCUGCACUUGACGUUUCAAGCAUAAAAAAUAAAAAAAUGAAAAUGCAUGAUAAAGUUAUCUGUCAAUAUGUAGAAAUAGUUUGCAACAAUGCAGAGAAGAAACCUUCAAUACCCUUUGGAAGUACUGACAGUUAUUUUCAUAAUGCAUCUACGGUUUUUUUAGAUAUAUCUAUAGAUCGGGAUGAAACUAGCCCCUUACAACCAAUAUUUACGGGCUAUUUCCCAGAACUAUCAAAAGAAGCUUUAUCCUCUUAUGAAAAUGAUUUUCAAUAUCUUAAAACUGCAUCAUUAAAAUGUCCAAUAUUAAAGAACGAUACUAGCAAAUGUGAAACAAAUAAAUCUGUCAAUGUAUACAUUAAUACCAACUAUAUUGAAAAUAAUACUAAUACAAAUUACCCAAAUUGUACAAUGGACACCGACAUUCAUGACAACAUUUUUCAUUUGAUAUGCGAUAAUGUAACAUUUGAAAUAAAUAAUAAACACUUAAAGUUUAGUUCUAAACCUGUACCAAUAUCUGAUAGCAAACAAGACCUUUUAAGUUGGAGCUGCGAAGUCAUGGAAUCCAAAGACCUUUUAACAAGUAAAACCCCGGAUAUUGAAGUUAGUGAUAUUUAUUUCAAGAACUGUUUUAAGGACUUAAAUAAUAAUAACACUACUAACGAUAAAAAUAACAUUAAAUCCUCUAUAAAAGACCUUUUGAAAAAAGAAAAUACAGCAAACAUAACUACACAGAAAUUGAUAAAAAUAAUUAUGAAUGAAAAUGGCAACUGUACCCAAAAUACAAUUCUAAAUCUCCGACAAGGAAAAUUCAUCAAUUUUGGAAUAAAUAAACAAAAUGUGCUCAAAAAUGAUGAAAUUGAAAUAAAUCUUUCUAAUUGUAUCAAGGUAAAAAAUUCUACCCUUAAUGACACUGAUAAGUUACCUUAUAGAAAUCUAGAAAUGAUCAUUUCUUUACAAAAUGAAUCACUGAAUGCUUCUGACUUAAAGUUAAUGAACGGAUAUCCCAAAGAAACGAAUGAAACAGAAAGAUUAUUUCUGCAGUGUGAUCACUCAAAUAAUUUCCAUAAUAAUACAAUUAAAAAUACCACCGUACUACAAUGUGAAACCAUUGAUGCAAAAGAUUUAAUAAUUCUAGAAAAUAAUAGCGAACAGGAUACAAUACUAGACGAUCAAGCCUGGAACUGCCAAAUCAUAGAAUACAAAGAUUCUGUACCAAGUAAGGAAAAUAUUAAAGAAACAUAUUUCAAAGAUUGUUUUAAAGGUAAAGAAAAAAAUGAACAUACUUCUUCCAAACCGGAUCUUUUGAAUAAUGAUAAUACAACAGACGUAGAUCCAAAGAAGUUUAUAAAAAUAAUUGUAAAUGAAAAUGCCAAUUGUACUGAGAACACAACUUUAAAUAUCCAACACGGAAAAUUCGUCGAUUUCGAAGUGACGAAUGAUAAACAGAAUAUUCUUGAAAAUGAUAUAGUAGAAAUAAAUCUUUCUAACUGUAUCAAAGCUAACGAUUCUAUAACUAAUAGCUCUGAUAAACUACAUCAAGCAAAAGUAGAAAUGACAAUAUUUUUGAAAAAUGAAUCUCUAAAUGCUUCUGAUAUGAAAUUAUUAAAUAAAUCUCCAAAACAAAAAGAAACAGAUGAAAGAGACAGAUUAUUUCUACGGUGCGGGAGUUCAAAUAUCUCUAAUAGUAAAACAACUAAAAGUAGUAAAACAUUAGAAUGUGAAAACAUUGAAUUAAAAGAUUUAAUAACUCUCGAAGAUAGCACAGACGUUAAUCAAAACACAACAAAAGAUGCAGCCACUGACGAUGAUAAUAAAAAUCUGAUAAAGAACGUUGACGGUAAUAAAACCGUUCCUAAUAAUAAAAACAAAGACACGAGUAUAAAUGAUACAAGACAAGACGAUAAAGGUUGGAAUUGCAAAAUCGUAGAAUUCAAAGAUUCUUUACCAACUAAGGAAAAAAUCAAAGAAACAUAUUUCAAGGACUGUUUUAAAGAUAACAGUAAAGAAAUCAAUGAACUUACAACUUCCAAACCAGAUCUUUUGAAAAAAGAUAAUACAACAGACGUGAAUCCAAAGAAAAUUAAAAUAAUUGUAAAUGAAAAUGCUAAUUGUACUCAGAACACAACUUUAAAUAUCCAACACGGAAAAUUCGUCGAUUUCGAAGUGACGAACGAUAAACAAAAUAUUUUUGAAAAUGAUAUUGUGGAAAUAAAUAUUGCUGACUGUAUCAAAGCUAACGAUUCUAUAACUAAUAGCUCUGAUAAACAACAUCAAGCAAAAGUAGAAAUGACAAUAUUUUUGAAAAAUGAAUCUCUAAAUGCUUCUGAUAUGCAAUUAUUAAAUAAAUCUCCAAAACAAAAAGAAACAGAUGAAAGAAACAGGUUAUUUCUACGGUGCGGCAGUCCAAACACUAAAAGUAGUAAAACAUUAGAAUGUGAAAACAUUGAAUUAAAAGAUGUAAUAACUCUCGAAGAUAGCACAGACGUUAAUCAAAACACAACAGCCACUGAGGACGAUAAUAAAAAUCUGAAAAAGAAUGUUGACGGUAAUAAAACUGUUCCUAAUAAUAAGAACAAAGACACAAGUAUAAAGGAUAAAAGGGAAGUUCAAAACACAAUUACUUUUAAUAGAAAAAAAGAUGUAAAUAAACUUGGCAACCAAGAAAAUCUUGUAGGAGAUCUGGAAGUUGAAGGGAUAAUACUUAUAACAAUAGCCGCAAUCGCUGGUACCAGCACACUACUGGUUUUGGCCUUGAGAUUCUGUAGAAAGCAAGAACAUGACUACAGUCCAACAGCGCCAAGGGAACCUGGAGUUGAUGAAGAGACGGCAUUUUAAAUAAUGGCAUUAUGGAGUGGCUUUGCGACUACCCACCAGUCAGUCUACCGUGAUAAUUCUAGAUAGUAUGAAGUAUUUGUUUUUUCUAUCUUCGGUUAGAGUUCGGAAAUGUAAUCGGUGUGUGAUAAAAAGUUCAAGUAAGACUUUUCUUCAAGGUAAAGCGAGAUGUUGCAUUAAUUUUGUAGUAAGUACAUUUACCUAUAUUUAAGUGAUGUGUAAAUAAUAUAUUAUUAAAAUAAAUUAAGAAUCUCUAAUAUAUUAUUAAAAUAAAUUAAGAAUGUGCUUAUUUUA